AUGCCCUCUGCGCUUCCCGACUAUUAUACUUUAUUGGGGUUAGAUGAUAAACGCUGUACAACUGAGGCUAUUCGAGCGGCCUAUAAACGCGAGAGCCUGAGAAGAGAGAAGGGUAUGUUUUCGGUGACAGACGUGGCCACAGCACCCACUGACAUAAUGCUCCCAGGCUGCUACGGCCAAGCAGUAGCUGAUGCGUAUUAUGUCCUUUCGGAUCCUGCCAGGCGGCGAGAAUAUGACGCACUACUUGCAUCCCGUGCAUAUACGGAACGCUCCGCAGACGCUGAUGCGAGCAAUAAUUUCUUCGCUAACUUUGCAAAUAUGUUUGCUGGUGCUGCUGCCGGCACCAACGCCCCACAGACUGAGAAUAAGCCUGAAGACCUGUUUGGAGAACGGCCAGAUCCAGACGCGACUUUUGGCAACGUAUUCGACGAAAGAGAAUCGUACCAUGGUGGACCAUUCUCGGUGCUGCAUCGUAUGCAUACCCUUAGAUUAGACUCCUGGGUCUCUGACUUCUUCCUAGUGGCGCAACGCUGGGUUUCAUCAUUGCUAAUAUACCGGGAGCGCUCAUGGGGGGCUUUGCCGGAAACCGUCUUGGUCUUCAACACUUUGGCUGCUGACCAGAAAGCCGAGAUUCUCAAGAGCCUGGCUUUCAAAGUCCUUGGCUCCAUUUCGAAUGCCUCUAACUCUUGGGAGCCUAAAUUAUCUGGUAUCAAGCAUCUAUCUGCCUCAGAGUGCUCUCUGCGAGCUGUUCGUCUUCAAGGUUCAUACAAUAGUUUUCGCUCUCAUACAAGAAUGUUUAGUACUUGCUCAAUAUAUACCGGUGAAUCGGCGCAUUCGUAA